AAAUUCUUUUCAACAUUUGGUCACACCAGAUCCGAGUGGGUUUUGUGCGCACGUUUGUAUUUAUCGCCAACCACGUUAAAAGGAAGAACGUGAAUGUGAAUACAAAAAACGCAACACAAAACUACACCUAACAAACCAACAAAUAACAACAACAAACAACAAUCGUCGUUACAUUUCCACAUUUCGCUGGCAGAGAGAGCAAGUUGAAAUUAAAAAGUCCCCCAAAAUUGCACAAAGGGCUCCCCGUAAAAUAAAUAGCAAAUAAAUACGCAAAAAUGUCUGGCGAAGAAACGUCUGCUGAUCGCAAUGUCGAAAUAUGGAAAAUAAAGAAGCUUAUCAAAAGUCUCGAAAUGGCACGUGGAAAUGGCACCAGCAUGAUUUCGUUGAUUAUUCCGCCUAAAGAUCAAAUCUCUCGCGUCAGCAAAAUGUUGGCCGAUGAAUUUGGUACGGCCUCCAAUAUCAAGUCGCGCGUCAACCGCCUUUCCGUCCUGGGCGCAAUUACGUCGGUACAGCACAGACUUAAGUUAUACACCAAAGUGCCUCCCAAUGGUUUGGUCAUUUAUUGCGGCACAAUUGUCACAGAGGAGGGCAAGGAGAAAAAAGUUAACAUUGAUUUUGAGCCAUUCAAGCCAAUCAAUACCUCACUAUAUCUGUGCGACAACAAGUUCCAUACGGAGGCACUCACUGCCCUGCUCGCGGACGACAACAAGUUCGGCUUCAUUGUGAUGGAUGGUAAUGGCGCUCUCUUUGGCACCCUACAGGGCAAUACGCGCGAGGUGCUCCACAAAUUCACCGUCGAUCUGCCGAAGAAGCACGGACGUGGUGGUCAAUCCGCUCUGCGUUUCGCCCGUCUGCGCAUGGAGAAGCGUCACAACUAUGUGCGCAAAGUGGCCGAGGUUGCCACACAAUUGUUCAUUACGAAUGACAAGCCAAACAUUGCUGGCCUCAUUUUGGCCGGUAGUGCGGACUUCAAAACUGAGCUCAGUCAAUCGGAUAUGUUUGAUCCCCGUUUACAAACAAAAGUGAUUAAACUGGUGGACGUCUCUUAUGGCGGUGAAAACGGUUUUAAUCAGGCAAUCGAACUAGCCGCUGAAUCGUUGCAAAAUGUCAAAUUUAUACAGGAAAAGAAACUCAUUGGUCGUUACUUUGAUGAAAUUUCUCAGGAUACUGGCAAAUACUGUUUUGGUGUAGAGGACACUUUGCGAGCCCUCGAAAUAGGCUCUGUGGAAACAUUGAUUUGCUGGGAAAAUCUGGAUAUCCAACGCUACGUACUGAAGAACCAUGCGAACUCGACGUCAACGACAGUAUUACAUUUGACGCCCGAGCAGGAAAAAGAUAAGUCUCACUUCACGGACAAGGAGAGCGGAGUUGAAAUGGAGUUAAUCGAGUCUCAACCGCUUUUGGAAUGGCUGGCGAACAAUUAUAAAAUGUUUGGUGCCACACUUGAGAUUAUCACGGACAAAUCUCAGGAGGGCAGUCAGUUUGUGCGAGGUUUCGGUGGCAUUGGCGGUAUCUUGCGCUACAAAGUGGAUUUCCAGAGUAUGCAGCUCGAUGAAUUGGACAAUGAGUGCUUCGACUUAUCCGACUACUAGAUAAUUUUGCACUGUUGUAAUCAGUUUUUUUUUACAAAUUACAAACCAUCGACCGCAAAUUGAUAAUUGUUAAAGCAUAAAAGAAUACAAAAUCGAAGAGAGCAAAUAGAAUAUUUUAAUAAUA